AUGAAGUCUCUCUCUCUCAUCCUCUCAGCCCUAGCCGUCCAGGUCGCCGUUGCUCAAACCCCCGACAAGGGCAAGGAGCAACACCCCAAGCUCGAGACCUACCGCUGCACCAAGGCCGCCGGCUGCAAGAAGCAAACCAACUACAUCGUCGCCGACGCUGGUAUUCACGGCAUCCACCAAAAGAACGGUGCCGGCUGCGGUGACUGGGGCCAAAAGCCCAACGCCACCGCCUGUCCCGAUGAAGCAUCAUGCGCCAAGAACUGUAUCCUCAGUGGUAUGGACUCGAAUGCUUACAAGAACGCUGGCAUCACUACUUCUGGCAACAAGCUUCGUCUUCAGCAGCUUAUCAACAACCAGCUUGUCUCUCCUCGAGUUUAUCUGCUUGAGGGAAACAAGAAGAAGUAUGAGAUGCUUCACCUUACUGGCACUGAGUUCUCUUUUGAUGUUGAGAUGGAGAAGCUUCCUUGUGGUAUGAAUGGUGCUUUGUACCUUUCUGAGAUGCCUCAGGAUGGUGGUAAGAGCACAAGCAAGAACAGCAAGGCUGGUGCCUACUAUGGUGCUGGAUACUGUGAUGCUCAGUGCUACGUCACGCCCUUCAUCAACGGAGUUGGCAACAUCAAGGGACAAGGUGUCUGCUGUAACGAGCUCGACAUCUGGGAAGCCAACUCCCGAGCCACUCACAUCGCUCCUCACCCCUGUAACAAGCCCGGGGUCUACGGCUGCACGGGCGAUGAGUGCAGCAGCUCCGGCAUCUGCGACAAGGCCGGCUGCGGCUGGAACCACAACCGCAUCAACGUGACGGACUUCUACGGCCGCGGCAAGAAGUACAAGGUCGACAGCACCCGCAAGUUCACCGUCACCUCCCAGUUCGUCGCCAACAAGCAGGGCGACCUCAUCGAGCUGCACCGCCACUACAUCCAGGACAACAAGGUCAUCGAGUCCGCCGUCGUCAACAUCUCCGGCCCCCCCAAGAUCAACUUCAUCAACGACAAGUACUGCGCUGCCACGGGUGCCAACGAGUACAUGCGCCUCGGCGGCACCAAGCAGAUGGGUGAUGCCAUGUCCCGCGGAAUGGUUCUCGCUAUGAGCGUCUGGUGGAGUGAGGGUGAUUUCAUGGCCUGGUUGGAUCAGGGCGUUGCUGGCCCCUGUGACGCGACUGAGGGCGACCCCAAGAACAUCGUCAAGGUGCAGCCCAACCCUGAAGUGACAUUCAGCAACAUCCGAAUUGGAGAGAUUGGAUCUACUUCAUCGGUCAAGGCUCCUGCUUAUCCUGGCCCUCACCGCUUCCUUUUCAGAAUCUUGAUAUUCGUACCCGAUAUUAACCGUCCCGAGUGGCUUGCAUUAGUGGAACUCUUCAGCAUCAUCCAUAUUGUCGCGAAUAAUGCUUUUGAGAAGGGUUACUUAGCGAGGGAUGAGAGAGGAAAGGAUAGAGUAUCCAGCGAUGAAACGAUACUGCUGCAACGAGACUACUGGUUCUUCGUCGAGGGCGAUGAUCGAUAUGCGAUUGUUCCAAGCUUCAGAGACUGGCAAUUCCCGCACGACAGACUCCCUGAAUGGUGGAGUGUCCCAUCCUCCAGAACAUCACUUUAUGCAAAGCGAUGUGCCAUCACAAACACUAGCUAUGCUUUCACAUGGGCGCAUCUGAUACCCAGAGAAGAACAGAGUUGGUUCAGCAAAAAUGGCAUGGGUCUUUACGGCGGUGGAUCACAUACCAUCGAUGACCCGCACAAUAUUCUACCGCUCAAGGCGGAUCUCUACGUUUGCUUUGACCAAAGCGUCUUUGCUCUGAUUCCAAAGCAAAGUGGUCAAGCAAAUGGAGUUGAAGCCAGCAGCCAAUAUGUUCUUCACGUGCUUGAUGGUAGAGAAGCAGAGUUCACUGCCUUAUAUCAGAACAGACCAGUCGAGACUCUUGUCGAGGGAAGCCGAGAAUACCUCUUCGCAAGAUUUGCUUGGUCCAUCUUCUCAUUUCUAAAGCCCUUCCUCACAUCCGGUGUCGGACGAAGAGUCGUUAGAUUCCGACUCAGAGCUUCCGAUGACGACACCGAAGAGGAGCACUUGAUCUCAGAAAUGCAGAAUGUCUUCCUCGACUCUAGAAAACUUGAGUCGCUAUAUGGAGGGGGAAACAGACGGAAGAUGGUAUCGUUGGAGGACUCUUAUGUGGAUGUUGAGGAUGAAUGGGAUGAUGAGCAUCCGGGACGGACUGAGAUGGAAGGGUAG